UACCCAAUGUCUUCUUCCUACUAAGACUGUUUUAGGGCAUCGAACCAGAAACCCCCAUUUCGUUGCCAUUGCUCUGUUUCUGUAAUCUGUGAAGUAGUAGUAAGUAGUACAGAGUCCUUAAAAGAUGAGCUUAGUACUCAGAUUCAGGCAACAUUUAUCUCAAACCUCCUCAAGAUUAUCACUUCUUUCUCGAAUCGGCGCUAACCGGAGUUAUGCCCAACCGGCGAAGAUCGAAGACGAAGAAGAAGAAGAGUUCGAUCAGAGAAAGCUCCCAACAGAUUACGAUCCAGCAACGUUUGAUCCAACGGAGCACCGUAGUCCACCAACGGAGCGUGUGUUCAGACUCGUAGACGAGAUCUCAUCUCUUACGUUAUCAGAAAUCUCCGAGCUCGGUGCGAUUAUAAUGAAGAAGAAAGGUAUGACGGAGCUACCAACCGUCGCCGUUAUGAAACCUGGAGCAGCUGGUGCUGGGAUGGUGAGUCAAAGUGGUGGUGGUGGUGGUGGAGCGAGUGAGGAAGCUAAAGUGGAGAAGACAGUGUUUGAGAUAAAGCUGGAGUCUUUUGAAGCGUCUGCUAAGAUUAAGAUUAUAAAGGAGUUGAGGAGUUUUACUGAUUUGGGUUUGAAAGAAGCUAAAGCAUUGGUGGAGAAGACUCCUGCGAUUUUGAAAGCUGGUUUGUCUAAAGAAGAAGGUGAGAAGAUUGUUGAGAAGUUGAAAGCACUUGGUGCUAAAGUUGUUUUGGAGUGAAUGAACAAUCUUGUUUUCUCAAGGUCUGUGUUACUACAAUCAUCAAAUCUGUUUCUCCUUUUGUUCCAUUUUAUGAGCUCUCAAGAUACAAACUGAUUAAGGGGCUUUUUAUAAGGUCAUCAUAGGUUACACUUGCUUGUUCCUUUCUCAUUGCUAAAUUGGUUUUGUUGAGAGAUGUAUCGCAAAAAUAAUAGAAGUGUAGACUUUGUUUUUAGUGUGUUGUUUCAUGGCUUUUGAUCUUAACUCAGAAUUCUUACUUUUGUUCA